AUGGAGACAGUAAGCUACAUCAUCUGGGCCUUGGUCAUCAUCGUUAUACUCGGUCCGGCCCUUUUUCGAGACCGCUCGCCUAUCCCAGAAACGUCGGGCAACGUUUCUAAAAUUAGCGAGCUUCCUGAGCUGGAGUCUCUCCUAUCAUCUACCACGUACGUCGUUGUCGACUUUUACGCCGACUGGUGUCCUCCCUGCCGCGCCAUCGCUCCGCAGUUUUCCAAGCUGGCCGAUGAAUAUGCGUCCAAGGGCCAGCUCGCUUUUGCCAAAGUCAACGUGGACCAUUGUAAGGGUGCUGCCAAGCACCAUAAUGUUACCGCUAUGCCGACCUUUUUAUUUUUCAAAAAUGGACAGCAGACGUCAGUUGUAGUGCAAAGCAGCAAGCACGGCACAUCUGCAAAGAUGCCCAAGGACGGCGUGGUUGAAAAAAUUCAAGGCGCGGAUGUAAUGUUGCUGAGAAGUACGGUGCAGGCUUUGGCUGAGAAUGCACAGCGCUAA